CCUAGGGCAACCUAGCACGCUGGUUCUGUCCAUAGUACAAACUCUAGACUUACAGCAGGGGCAAGCCUACCUCCAUGUCGUUACCUCGUUAGUAUCAGUGUUAGUAUCAGUACAUUCGUACCUCUUACCACAUUAUGAAACCUUUAACCAAUCAGAGGUUCCCCAACCCAGCUAAAAGCCUGGCCUGCCAAGACCUACUGCCCCAUUUUGCCCGUCUUCGCUUUAGUCCUGACCUCACAUCCUCUUCCCCGUAUCCCAGGUGGCCAUUGGAGAGUGAUCUUCCCAAAAACUCCAAAGCUUCCCAACUUCCAUCCCCAUCACCAUCUCUCGUCUUGUCUCUCUCCCUUUAUCUUUGCACCGCUUCAUUUACCCUCUCUCAACACAUCUUCACAUUCCUUCUCUACGGGAUUCUGACGCACACAGCAUCACUGCAGCCUUGUUCAAUCCUCUCAUUUACCCUCCUUUUGUUAGUCGCAAAAGUCCACGCAAUCACCACCAAAGAACGUAACCACUAUCAAGUUUUGUCAACUGCCAAGUAGCUUAAGCUCCAAACCAGUACUGGCCCUCGCCUCAACCAUCAUCUAAACACACCUCAGCUAGCUUAGCAGCAUUGUUCGCACUCGACGUGCAACUUCACUUCCUAGGUAGCCCGACAUGGAGCAGCAACAGCCCGCUCCUCAGGCCGGGGGUGUCCCCGGACCUACUGGCCGUCGCCUUCAUAUCGCCCAUCGCAGGAGCCCUUCUGA